CAAAAGAACAAAUCGACUCCUAUAAUUCUCACGCUACCCACACAAACUACUCUCACCUAUAAACACAAACACACCUCACCGUUUCCCCCUCUCUCCAUUCUAAAACUACGCUACCUUCUCUUAGCCCUCUCCCGACGACUUUCACAAAAAAAAAAAAAAAAUGAAUCCAAUGAAUAAUAACAAUUGUUCAAAUACAUCAACCAAGUGUAUUUUCUUAUUAAUUUCAUUACUAUUAUCAUUUACAUUUGUGAAAUCUCAACCUACACCACCACCGGAUGGCUAUCCGUACGCCAAGUUCAGCCCAUCGAUGGCUAUUAUCAUCGUCGUCCUCGUCGCCGCUCUUUUUUUCAUGGGUUUUUUUUCAAUAUACAUACGUCGAUGUUCUAACGACGGCGGGUCAAGUAUCCGUGGCGCUCUUUCUAUGCACCGUGCAGCCCGGUUAGCCGCGGUUUCUCGCGGGCUUAGUUCAGAGGUUCUUGAAACAUUUCCGACUUUUGCUUAUUCAGCUGUAAAGGGAUUGAAAAUCGGUAAAGGUGCGUUGGAAUGUGCGGUUUGUUUGAAUGAGUUUGAUGAUGAAGAAACGAUUCGUUUGAUUCCGAAAUGUGAUCAUGUUUUUCACGCUGAGUGUAUUGAUGCUUGGCUUGAGAAUCACGUUACUUGCCCGGUUUGCCGGUCUAAUCUUGUCCCUCAACCGGGUGAAAUUACUCAGCAGCAACAAUUGCCUAAUGAUUUAACACACGAUGAGACGAGUAAUAGUCAGAAUCCAGAUGGAGUUACAGCAUCAGAUGAAUUGGAUAAUAUAAACGGUUUGAAUUCGGUUUCGAUUCCUAUAGAUGAGACUCCGGUACUUAAAAGAAAUCAGAGUGCUAAACCGGAAAGAGCUCCACGAUCAAACUCUGUGUCGCGGAUACUUGAAAAGUUUAGAUCGCACUCAACCGGGCAUUCACUGGUUCAACCGGGUGAAAAUACUGACCGGUUCACUUUAAGAUUACCGGAUGAAAUAAGGAAGCAAAUGAUCAGCAAUGCUUUACUGAACCGGUCUGGAAGUACGGUAAGGAUGCCGGCCGGUGAAGGAAGUACUAAAAAAGGGUACAGAACCGGUGAAGGAAGUAGCAAAGGAAGGUCUUACAAACGUAUGGGAAGUUUAGACCGGGUGACUAACCGGUUGGACCGGUGGCCCUCUUUUUUAUCACGGGCGUUUUCAGUUAGGCCACAAAAAGUAGUGUCGGAUAACGCUGGGCCGUCGACGUCAACAUCAACGGCAGAUGACGUGCCUCUUAAUAACGUCGGGCCAAAAAGUGAUGACCCCGGUAUGAAAAGACCGCCGGUUUAGAAUCUUUGAAUCGCCGGUUUCUGAUUGAUGCUUAUUUGGUGGGGCCAGGAUACGAUUAACAUUAUUGGUCGGAGUCGCUAAUGUUGACCUUGGACGCUCGUGGCUAUAAAAUAUUUAUUGAUUUAAUGAAAUUUUGAAUGGUUUUUGAUUUUUGAGAUUAAAAUUAAAAUUUGUACAUAUGUAUCGACUUAAUGUGAUGUACAAAAUGUGUUUUUUUAUUAUGAUCUAAACAGGAUGCUUAAUUAUGUGAUA